AUGGCUCAGCAUCCUCCAGCUGGAGGCACGAAUGUCUUGUUGCUUGCCUUGUUCUUGGAGCGCUGCUCCUUGGCCGGCUCGACCGAAGCACCGGAGCCGGCGGCUGCCCCAUCGGGCCGGCUGCUGGCGGCUGCGGUGUCAGGCUCAAGGGGCGAGCAGCCUUCGGCUGGCAUGAAGGCGGGCGCAGAGGCCCGCAGGAAGCUCUUCUUGACCUGCGUCAGUCAGAUGGACUGGGGCUAG